AUGCCUUCUUUCUUCAAGCGUAACAAGAAAGCAAUCCCUGAGGAGGAUGCUCCACCUCAGGCUCACUCCCAAGAUGUCCCAGACCUUCCUGCCGGCAUGUCACAAAGGAUGCGUCCCGAGUCCUCAUCACCGGGAACCUACAUCCCCAGAAACCCCUCCAACCUUUCAUUCGGAGGUCCAGUAUAUGGAAGCCAGUUUGGCAACGCUUCUGAGAUACGGAAACAACCGCGGCCCUUCCGGAGUUACAGGUUACGGGGAGAGCGUGAGCAACCAUGGGUCGACGAUCCACGAAUGAAGAAGACCAAAGUCGGCAACUGGAUCACCCUCGGCUUCAUCAUCGUCGGUUUCGCCGUCAGUGGAUAUAUCAUGUACACUGGUGUGCAAGAGGCUCAAAUACCUGAUCAAUGUCUUAUCAUGGAAGACAAUUUCGAGAAGAUUGAUCCCGCCAACUGGGGUUACGAGAUUCAGACUGGCGGAUACGGCAACGGAGAGUUUGACUGGACAACCGAUGACCCUAAGAACAGCUUCGUUGACGCGGAAGGUCUUCACAUUGUGCCCACCCUCACCACCGAAUCUACUAGCAUCACAGCCGAGCAGAUCGUCAAUGGCUACACUCUGAACAUCACCAAGGCAGAUGGUGACGGCUCUUGCACGUCCACUGACUACAAGUCGUGCGGUAUUCGCUCCAACUCGACCACCGGAGCUAUCAUCCCCCCUGUUCGCUCUGCACGCAUGACCACCAAAGGCAAGAAGUCGAUCAAGUACGGCCGCGUUGAAGUCGUUGCAAAGACAGCGAAAGGUGACUGGCUCUGGCCCGCCAUUUGGAUGAUGCCCGAAGACAACGUAUACGGUGAUUGGCCACGUAGCGGAGAAAUUGACAUUGCUGAGUUCCGUGGCAAUGACUACAAAUACCCCGAAGGUCGCGACUUCGUCUCCUCUACGCUCCACUGGGGUCCCGACUACCAGCACGAUGGCUACAUCAACACUCACGGUACUUCCUUCUUCCGCCGCACAGACUUCGCAUCCAGCUGGCACACAUUCGGUCUCGAGUGGACUGAGGACUACCUCUUCUUGUACCUCGACAGCCGUCUCAAGCAGGUCAUGUACUUCAAGUUCAACGAGAAGAACAAGCUAUGGAAGAAGGGUGGCUUUAAUGGUCUGACGACUAGCAAUGGUACCCUGUUCGAAGACCCUUGGAAGCAAGGCGGCAAGAACGCGCCAUUUGACGAGAAGUUUUACCUCAUUCUUAAUGUUGCCGUUGGUGCACAAAAUGGCUGGUUCUUCGAUGGCGAGGGCAACAAGCCAUGGGUUGAUGGCAGUGACUUUGCUGUCCGUGACUUCUGGAACGCAAAGGACGACUGGCUCCCAACCUGGGGUGAGGGCACUGAGCGCGGUAUGACCGUCAAGUCUGUCAAGAUGUGGCAGGCCGGCAAGUGCUAA